GUGAAUUGUGAAUCUGUGUAUGAGUUCGACUGUCGACCAUAUCAUGCCUAUGAGUUGUGAAGAAUUGUUAUAUCAGUUUUCAAAAAUGGACUCGGUUUUAAUGCCUACAGAAAUUGAUCUAUACAUUGAAACAAUGAAGCCCCAACGAAUGAAAAAUAUAGGGAACGAGCAAUGGCUCGAAUGGCAUCAGAGGGUGCAAAAACUGAACCAACAAGCUUUAGUGGAAGCUUCUGCGUUAAAGGAAGAAUAUGUUAAGGAAUCAUUGGUUACUUAUAAAAGAAUUAACAUUUUAGUCCAUGAAAGUAUCCUGAUAAACAUUUGGAAAUACAAAGUACUUCCUCUAAUCUUAAAAAUGGAACCAAGACCGGAAAGCACCUUUGUUGCUUAUUCCGUACUUUAUCAUGAAGCUGUCUGUGUUGCUCUAUUGGAAUUGGUCAUGUUCCACGAGUAUUGUUGCGAAAGUCUUGGGGACCAAUCUGCUGAUUUGUUGGACUACUUGAGCGGAGCCAGUGCUCGACUGCUUUCAGUCACUUACGAACCAGGCGAGUUGAAUGAGAACGCCACAGAGGAAUUGUAUCGGCAAAGAAAUAAUUUGUGUUUCGAGAUUGGUAUUAAGGCCCUAACAAUUAUCAGAUACCUUGCUGAUAGUAUAAACAGAUUGCCAAUAUCAAUUUUAUCAAAAAUGUACACUACUUAUGAUAUACCCGUCCUAUUUACCGAAAUCUUAUUGAAAAAUCCAUGGAAUGUAGAUGGUAAACAAUAUACAGGGGGCAAAUGGAAAAAUGCCGAUGGUUCGCAAGUGUGCCAACCUGAAGCGCAGGUGUGGUUAACUUUAAGAACACUUCUACUGGACCCAGAAUGCCAAAAUUACUACAACAUAACAGAUAGUCGCAAAUCUCAACUAUUAAAAAUACUUCCCUUUAUGUCUCAUUUACUUUUGGACCAAAUGUCGCCUUUAAUCGAAUUAAAACACUGGUUGUGCCGAUUGUCUGUAAUGGAAAAUAGUGGCAAUUCCGGUAAGCCUUUUAUUAUUGAAACCUCACUUGAAAUCAAACAAGGUAUACUAAAAGAGACCGGUGAAAAAUGGAAAAAAAUCGCCGAGACGCAGAGACCUGUCAUUUUUACAAAGGAUAAGCAAGCUUUAAAAGAUGCAGCUAAUAAACUAAGUGAAGCAUAUAACACAGAUUUACUAGAAAAAUUAGAUAUUUCUGAUAAAAAUACAACUUGUGCUAGAUGUGGUAAGGAUUCAAUACAAAAAUGUUCAAGAUGUAAAACAUCAUGGUAUUGUUCAAGAGUUUGUCAGGUUGAACAUUGGAAUCAACAUAAAGAAUAUUGUAAACCAGUAUGCUAAACAUAAACAAUUAAACCUGUUGUGCUUGAGGGAGGUUUCAAUAAAAGUUGCUUGAUUUUUUUUAUUAAUUUAUUAAAUAAAUAAAACAAAUAUCUUACACGUAAUUUUAGUUAGUAUUCAUUAAAUUUAGAAUAUUAAAUAUACAUGUAUUUAUCUCCAUAACCCUGGAAUAAGAAAAAAACAAUUACUUUUAUGUUUACAGCACAAAAAUAUAAUUUGAAAAUUUAGGUUAAAAUCAGCGGACGAUUCUCAGCAGGGUUUUUAUUUGGGUAACCUCAGUAGAGGGAGCCGUCACAAUUCAUCACGAAAACUUUUAAAAAGCUGUUUCUUUUGUUUAUUUUUGGUAACAUUAGUUUUAAAGUAAGUUCUUUCAAAUAUCAAUAAUAAAAAAAUUACACUUCACAAGUUAUGUUGAUAGAAUCUUAAAUAUUAGUUUUGAUGGUAGUUUAAUAUUAAAAUUAGUUCCAAAAUUAUUUUUAUCCGAAAUCGGCAGUGGUCAACAAUCGGCAGUGAAGUAUAAGAAAUCGGCAGUAAAGUGGAACUUUACUGCCGAUUUAAUACGAGUAUUGUAUGCAACCCAUUAUACAUUUAAGAUGUGUCUACUGCUCCUCAGCAGCAACUAAAUAAUAUUUUUAAAAAAGCACCGUUGCGGAGGUCGAUUGGACCCUUUCAUAAAAUGUUUAAUAAAAUAAUAAGUUAAUUUUAUUAAUUAAAUUAAAAAAUACCCGCGGCGGGC